AUGCCGCAAGAAUUGCCAUUUUUAUUGAAUUAUUUUCACUUUCGAAUAUCUCUCUCUCCCUCCCUUAAACCCACCCCUCUCCUCUUGCCAUGCCAGCCUCUCCUUCAGAGAACCGAACCAGAUGGAGGAAGCGCAAGAGAGAUUUGCAAAUCAGCCGGCGCCACUAGAAGCACGAGGAGGGACGACAACGAAAACCCCAAUGCGGAGGAAGACCUCGCCGAACGUGACUACGAUUCGGAGGACCAAACGCACUAUAACCAUCCUAAUUCGCAACCUCACGUGGAGACGGAGGUCCUCUCAGACCACGGUGUUCAGAUGUCGCAGUUCCUGGCCGUGAUAAAGCGCUCCGUGAAUUGCCCUCACUCCUCCAUCACCGCAAUUGUUGCUCUGGAGCGUGCCCUUGAGUCCAGAGAGAACAAGGCUCGAAGCGCCCUCGAGCAUAAGCCUCCCCCUUCAAAUAAUGGAUGCAAUGGAGAAAGUGAUAAAAAAUAAAGUUGCUAAAGCGGUGGUACCUGCAAUAGAUGUUAUGUUUCAAGCUUUAAGUGAUUUUGGAGCAAAAAUUGUGCCCCCAAAAAGAAUUUUGAAGAUGCUUCUAGAACUCUUUGAUCAUCAAGAUCAAAAUGUUCGUGCAUCCUCUAAAGGGUUGACUCUUGAACUUUGCCGUUGGAUUGGUAAAGAUAGUGUAAAAUUAAUUUUGUUUGAGACAAUGAGAGACACAAUG